UGCUCUUUUUUUUCUUCCCUUUCAUGUUCUCUUCUUAUUUAAACCUGCCGCAACCCCGACGUGAGUUUCUUUUGGCUGGGCUGUUUGUGGAGUACCGGGAAAUAGUCUUUCAUUGGCAGUCAAAUGUGAAUUUUGACGAUUACAACGAUGCUUUGAAUCAAUCUUAGGGGACUUCAGCCAUUGUGUGCCUGAGAUAUGGAAGUUCCUUAUGAUGCUUCCAGCAACGGAGGUGCUAACGACAGAAUUCAGAUAAUUAAAUACUCUCCUUAUAGACCCCGUGCCAAUUUAUCAUCAGCUUGGUUUGAUCUGAGAGUUUUUUAUGUGAGAAUUAGCAAUUUUCGGGUGGAUAGAUCCACCCCCGAGUUUCUCACUCUCAAUCAUAUCCCUCUAAACCCGGAUACACUUAUAAUGUUAAAUGGUGUAAGAUGUAGCAUGUACUCGGAUGGGCUGUCUUCAGUUCUUAGAAGAGACCGGGUGGACAAAAAAUCUAAAGAAACGACCUAUGUGACCACAGAUUGUAUACGGUUGACAGGGAGCAUGAAAUUUGAGGUUUAUGACAAAGAGGAACGUAUUCUCUGGGGAAUUUUGGAGAUGUCCAAUAGCAAUGGUUUCACUGGGGAAUCAAACUUCAACGCAAAGCAAUGGAGCAUGAUUUGUGAAACAGAGAUAACAGCUAAUACUGGCUUCCUCAAGGGAAAAAAUGUUACUAGCCCAGAGAUAACUAGUCCAACCAUUGAGGUCUACGUCGCUGGCUGCUUCUCAGGAACACCUAUUAUCUUAACUAAGACGCUGCAGCUCAAUUUCCCCAAGAAGCAGGAUAGGAGAUGUUCAUUGGACGCCAUUCCAGAAUAUGAAACAACUGAUUGCCAGAGAGAUGUCUCUGAUAGAGUCGAUAUGCAGGUAGCUGAUUUCAGAAGCUUCAAACGUGAAAAUGAAGGUGAUUACAACUGCAUGUACUGGCAAGGAACAGGACAUAUAGAUGGGGAAGAUAGUGAGUUAUCAUGGUUCAACGCAGGCGUGCGAGUUGGUGUUGGAAUCGGACUUGGCAUCUGCCUAGGCGUUGGUGUAGGGUUUGGCUUGUUAGCACGCUCUUACAAAGCAACUGCCCGUAUCAUUCACAGGCGCCUCCUCUAGCCAUUUGCUAACUGUCCUCCAAAAACUUGCUUGUUUUCCUGUUCAUAAAUAAAUAAUUGUUCUUCAUUUUUUUCCGUCACAAGCCGCAAAGCAAGAUGCUAUGCUUCUUUUGAUGGGUAUUACGUUACAAUAGAUUAUAUGACUGAUUUCGAAGUUUGACUAA